GAUCUCCAGCCUCGGUCCACAUCAGCCUCCCGAACUUUGCCCGGACUCUCGCCCCAGCCAUGCGGACUUUCUUCCCCAGCAUCACAGGCAGGAAGGAAAGCACACAAACCGAACCACUGGAGAGCAGGGUCGAUGAGAUGUCAGGGAUCCUGCCCGUUUCCCAGAGUGCUGUUUCUUAGCCUUAUUUCCAGCAGGCUCCGGCUAUAGGCCUUCUUGGGGAGAGUGGUGAUCAACCAACGGCAGGAGGAACAGAGAGUAAGGAGGCGGGUCUUGAGGGGUGGGGCCAGACCAAAGGGCCUCUCACUUAGGAGCUUCUCCAUUCUGUCAGCUCUCCGGGGGACACCCAAGGCAAGACUGGCACCUGGCACAAGGAAGCCUGUGGCCUGUGACUGACCACAUACCUGCUCCCCAAGAACCAUGGAGACCUUCAGCUCAAAGAGCCUGGCUCUGCAAGCAGAGAAGAAGCUACUCAGUAAGAUGGCAGGCCGCUCUGUGGCCCAUCUCUUCAUCGACGAGACGAGCAGUGAGGUGCUGGAUGAGCUCUACCGCGUGUCCAAAGAGUACACGCACAGCCGGCCCCAGGCCCAGCGGGUGAUCAAGGACCUGAUCAAGGUGGCCGUCAAGGUGGCCGUGCUGCACCGCAGUGGCUGCUUUGACCCCAGUGAGCUGGCCCUGGCUACCCGCUUUCGCCAGAAGCUGCGGCAGGGCGCCAUGACAGCACUUAGCUUUGGCGAGGUGGACUUCACCUUUGAGGCAGCCGUGCUGGCCGAUCUGCUGACCGAGUGCCGGGACUUGCUGCUGGAGCUGGUGGAACACCACCUCACGCCCAAGUCACACGGCCGCAUCCGCCACGUGUUUGACCACUUCUCUGACCAGAGUCUGCUCACGGCCCUCUACGGGCCUGCCUUCACUCAGCACCUGGGCAAGAUCUGUGAUGGGCUCAGGAAGCUGCUGGAUGAGGGCAAGCUCUGAGUCCUGACCCCUGCGGAUGGAUGCCACGUUGGACACACCGCAGACAAUGGGCUUUCUAACCCCGUUCAUUGGCCACUAAUACUUCACACUCUUCAGGCUUCUGUCCUUCCCAAGAGUGCUUUUGGUCCUGAGACCACCCUAUACCCAAACUGCUGAUGGCGAAGGAGAAAUGCUGAGGGUUGAAGCUCCUCUCCCACUGCCCCAAGACAGGAAACAAAGCUGCCUGAAAAAGAUGAAGUGAAACUUGGAUGGCUAAUUCCUCCAUCCGGGACUUUUGCAAAGGAAAUCCCCCUCCUCUAUGAACUAAGGGAAGGGGUACCAUUCAUCUAAGCCUUCUGGGGACACUAAAGACAGAGGGAGGCAAAGAGCACUUCGAGACACUCUGGAACCUCUAGCUCUGGGCAGAGGCUGGCCAGAUCCGGAGGUUCUGUUCCCGAGUGCAGGAAGAAGUGAUAGGGCAGGGAAGAGUCUCACAGGGGAAAUAAAACUACUAAAACAUG